AUGGAUCUUAUUCGUUCAUUAGCAGGAAAAUCUGAUCUGCCGUGGGUAAUCAUUGGAGAUUUUAAUGAUCUCUUAUAUCAGUAUGAGAAACGAGGAGGAAAUCCCCAUCCAGAUAACUUGUUACGGGGUUUUGGAGAGACAACUGAAGAGUGUGGCUUGACACAAUUACCGAUGUCUGGAUAUCCAUUUACUUGGGAAAAGGGGAAGGGCACUCCAAACUGGAUUGAGGAAAGACUAGAUAAGGUGUUGGCCACUCAGGAUUGGAGAGAGCUGGUAGCCGAUGCAAGUGUGCAGAAUAUUCUAACCAGAAAGUCAGAUCACUCAGCUCUUUUCCUUGGGAUUCUCAAUCUUCGGGAAAGGAGGGGUGGCCUGAGAAGAGGGUUUCGAUUUGAGAUGGCAUGGCUACAUGAUGAAGGAUGUCGAGCGGUGGUGGAAAAAUCGUGGGGCGAAGGGAGAAGUAGGGGAUUGCAGGAGUGUGUCACAUUAUGUGGUGACCGGUUAACACGCUGGGGUGGAGACCGAUUCCACAAGUUUGGUGAAAAAAUAUUGUGCUUGCGGAAAGAACAACUGCGCCUCAGAGGGUGUACGGAUCCAGUGUCUCUAGCUGAGUUUCAGAGAUUGGAAGAAUGCUUGACACGUGUAGAAUUGCAGGAAGAUACUUACUGGAGGCAGAGGGCCAAACAGCAUUGGCUCAAGGGUGCGGAUGCAAACACCAGAUUUUACCACAGUUCUCCUGCAAUUAAUAAUGAUUUCUUUGAGGGUAUACAACCACGUGUAACGGCUAUACAGAAUGAGGGGUUAUUGCGCCCUUUUGAAGAGAGUGAGGUUAAAUCAACAUUGUUUUCAAUGUAUCCUGAUAAAGCACCAGGCCCGGAUGGGAUGAAUCCUGGAUUUUAUCAGCACUUCUGGGAUGUGGUGGGGACUGAUGUAUCUUCAUAUAUUGUCAAUUGUCUGAAUACUUGUUCGUUACUUGGUCAGCUGAAUGAAACGAAUAUUAUUUUGAUCCCGAAGAAGAAAGCCCCGGAGAUGGUCUCUGACUAUAGACCGAUUGCUUUAAGUAAUGUCAUUUAUAGGAUUAUGGCCAAAGUUAUUACUGCCAGAAUGAAACCACUAAUGGAAAAUAUUAUAUCUGAGUCCCAAAGUGCGUUUAUCUCUGAGAGACUAAUCACAGAUAACAUAUUGAUAGCUGCGAAAGUUGGACAUUAUUUAAACAAGAAGCAAUGUGGACUAGCAGGUUGGGGGGCUUUAAAGCUGGAUAUGGCAAAGGCCUACGACCGUAUGGAAUGGUCCUUCUUGCAAAACAUGCUAGUGGCGUUGGGAUUUGAUGAAAGAUGGGUGGAGUUGUUGAUGAUGUGUGUAACCACGGUGUCUUAUAGUGUACUGGUUAAUGGUUCAUGGAGUGAUCAAAUAAUUCCGACUCGUGGUUUACGGCAGGGUGAUCCCCUAUCGCCCUAUUUAUGUAUUAUUUGUGCUGAAGGACUUUCACUAUUAUUACAACAGGCACAGGCGAAGGGAGAGAUACAUGGAUGUAGAGUUGCUAGAGGCGCACCUUCUAUUACCCACCUAUUUUUUGCUGAUGAUAGCUUGCUUUUUUUCAAAGCAAAUGCCCAAGAAGCAGGUGUGAUUAAAUGUUGUCUGGAAAAGUAUGAAGAAAUGUCUGGUCAGGCUGUCGACUAUCAUAAAUCGAGUAUUUGUUAUAGUAAAAAUACCAGAGAUGAAAUAAGGGAAGAGGUUGCCAGUAUAUUGGGAGUGGUACAGGCUCAGAAUUUUGGGAAGUACUUAGGGCUUCCAUCAUUUGUGGGCAGAAAUAGAAGGGCAGCUUUUUCUUAUAUUGAGGAUAAGAUAAGACAAAGAAUUAGCUCUUGGAAUAAGAAACUCUUGUCACAAGCAGGGAAGGAAGUCCUAUUGAAAAGUAUUCAUUGGAAAGCAUGGGAUAAGUUAUGUAUCCCGAAGAAAUAUGGAGGAUUGGGGUUUAAGGAGUUGCAGGCAUUUAACCUUGCUAUGCUAGGUAAGCAAGCGUGGCGUUUUCUGACACAGCCACAAUCAUUGGUUUCAAGAGUUUAUAAAGCCAGGUAUUAUCCCACUAAUUCUUUUUAUGAUGCAUGCUUGGGGAAUAACCCAAGUUUUUGUUGGAGAAGUAUUUUGGCAGCACAAAAGUUGAUUUGUGGGGGAGUUAGGAGAAGAAUUGGGAAUGGCCAGUCAACAUUAAUAUGGGAUCAUCCUUGGUUGCAUGAUGAAAGUCGGCCACAAAUAUUAACGGAAAAACCACCCCAGUUGGCACAGGCAAAGGUAGUGGGUCUGUUGGAUCAACUGACAGGAACCUGGGAUAAAGAUAUUCUCACAGAUAUUUUCAUACCUGAGGAUGUGGAGCGAAUUUUGAAAAUACCUGUGUCACCAGAUUAUGAAGAUAUGUGGUACUGGUAUGGGGACCCAAAAGGUGAAUAUUCUGUUAAAAGUGGAUAUAGAACAGUAAUUGGAGAAUAUACCCAACCAGUGGGGACAUUUGAUAAAUGGCAGAAAUUGUGGAAACUUAAAAUCCCCCCAGAUGAUGAUGGGAUUAUUUAUGCAGUGGCGAUUCUCUAUUAUAUUUGGCGCACAAGGAAUGGAGCUGUAUGGGAUGCGUACUUGCCCAGACCUCGGAAGGUGAUUGUAAUGGCAUCAUCAGCUCUGAGUGCUUGGAAGUUGGCCCACCACCAAAGCCCAAAUCUGCUGUCCAACACUGUGAAUUCGGAUCAUCAUAUACUAGUGGCCGAACACACUGUAGCGCCGGUGCCCAUGCAAGUGAGUGUUGCUGCCAUGCCGAACACGGUGCUGCAUCAACCACAGCAGUCCACGCCAAGCAACUCACGCCAUACUCAGAACAUGACGGAUCAAUGUUACUUCGAUGCGGCAUACGACCCACGAACAAACAAAGCAGUGGUGGGAGCUAUUAUUCUAAAUGGGCAAGGGGGAUAUAUUUCGGCUAUGACUACUCCAAUGAUAGAUUGUUUUUCACCCCUAAUGGCGGAAGCUUUCGCAUGCAAGGAAGUUUUAUCGUGGUUGAGAAACCGCGAAAUAAAGUCUAUCGAGCUCUACACGGAUUGUUUGGUGCUUCAGCAAUAUUUGUCGUCUAGGACACACUCGUCACGAUCCUACUUGGGUUAUGCCAUUGAUAGUUGCAGGACUAGUAUAUCGACUUUUGAUUAUUGUUUUCUUCAUUAUAUUCCUAGAUUAGAUAAUUAUUUAACGCAUACAUUAGCAUCUACUGCUUUUACUCACUCAACUUUUAUGUGCUGGGACACAGAUCCACCAGCUUCUAUUGCUGCAUAUUUUGAAUAA